CAUUUACUGAUUGUUAGUUUCUAAAUGUCUAAUAACUGCUGGCCCACAACACUGAAAACAUUGGUAACUCAAGGGAUCGUCUCGUGCCCAACUGAUGGACGCGACGCUUUUGUUUUCAUAAUCGUUUAGUAGCAUACGUUAUUUGUCCGGUCGUGAGUUUCCUCGUCGUUGUGUCAGUUCGGUCCGCGAGUGACAGUUUUGUUGUGUUUUCAUUUUUUCUCAUUAAUUUCGUGAAGAUGUUAGGACGCUUAAGGGAAAUCGACGUUUUCAGUGCCUGUCGCCUUUGUUUAAAAGAUUUUGAUACAACAAGCAUCAACAUUUACUCUGACUCUUUAGAUAACAGCGGGACCUUAGUCAGUGACAUCGAACGUUUUUUUCAAAUAUCAAUGAAUGAUGGAAAAUCAACAUUCUUAUGUCGAAAAUGCUAUGAUUUUGUCGUUGAUUUACAAGAUUUUGCUGAAACGGCAAAAAAGUGUACAGAAGUCUCAGAUUUUCUUUAUAAGAGUAUAUCAAUGACUGGAUUCAAGAAACAGAUCCUUCACCUACCACAAGAUAGUAUUCUUAAUAAUCCUAAUAGAACAAGUAUCAUUUCCUCAGAUGGUUCUUCUGAAUUAGAAAACUUAUCACCUUCAUCAAAUAAAUUUAAGAGUACUUGUCCGUUUUGUAAAUCUAACAAUCUCAAAAAUAAUGUUUCAUCAAAAUUUAAUUCGAAAAUAAGAUUAUGUAAAAAACAUAGCAGACCAUACACAUGCCUUGUACCUAACUGCAACAUUGUUUUUCCUACUUUGGAUGUAUUCUUACAACAUUACCGUUUCCAUUUGGACCUUCCAAUUAAUAAUUCUGUAUGUUAUACAUGUUUUGAAGUUUUAAAUAGUUCAAAAAUACUUAUAAAUACAGAACAUAAACAUCAAGAUUUAUCAGAACUCAUGGCUUGUUGUUCUAAAAAAUUUACAUCGAUGACUGAUUUUGCAUUACAUAAAAUUAUUAAACAUUCUGCAACAAUUAGCAUGAUGCACUUGGAAAUCAGUACUGAUUUUAAAAACAAUAAUCCUAGAUUUGAAAAUCUUAAUAAAUGCUUAAAAGAUGAACUUGAUAAAUGUGUUGCCAAAAUUGAUACAACUGAAGCUAGUUCAAUUAUGCAUACAAAUUAUAUUUAUAUGGAUGCAAAAGAUAGUUAUAAUUGUAAAGUUUGUAAUUAUGAAUGUUUUUCAGUUAUGGAAUACGUUGAACACUCAGCAAAAAAGCAUAAUAAAGUACUAGCUCAAAAAGAAAAUGGAAUAAAAUUAUGCCCUAUAUGUGAUCUAAAUUAUGCCAUUGAAUAUUUUGAUGAACAUAUUGAUAAAUGUACAAAUACUAUGAUAAUUAAUAAAAAAUUGCCAUUAAAACAUUUUGGAUGUGUAAUUUGCAAAGCAAUUUUUGAUGAUGUUACUCCAAAACAAUUUAGAUGCCAUUUCUUAUUUUGUAAAUCGUUUAAAAAAAAGUUUUAUAAAGGCAAAGAAAUAGAUAUUUGUGUUAAUUGCAAUUUUAAAAGUGAUGAUCAAAGUGCUUCUCUUUUACAUGCAAAUUCUAGUUGUAUAUAUUUUCAGCUGAAAAUGAAAUAUGCUAUGGGACCUAAUGAAAAAGUAAUAGUUGAAAAAAAAUUGAAAUCUUGUGAGAAUGAUAAUGAAGAUAACUGUGAAUUUAAUUUUGAUUCUAUACAUAUUCAUCGGUUAAACUUAUUCUGUCCAAAAUUAAUUCCUAUUAUUAAAGCACAAGGUAACCAUUUAUAUUGUGAUCCGAUUAUAAGAAAAGAUAUUGAGGAUUACAAUUUUUUGUGUAAUAACUGUGGUAGUACAUUUUACUCAUUAACUAUAUUUGAACAGCAUUUAAUCGAUACAGGUGAAGUAUGUAGAUCAAUUUCAUUAUUAUAUUGCAAAAAAUGUUUGACUGAUUUCAAUGAUUAUAAUGAAUUUUUACAACAUUUAAAACAGCGAAAUGGAGCAUUAAAUAGUUUGGGAAUAAAAAAAGAACCAGAACCUAAAUCAGAAUCUGAUGAGAUUAUAGAUUAUGGAGAUGGUAUUAUUAUGGAUAUACCUGUAGAAUUUGAUGGUGAAGAAUCUGAAUGUGAUGAUGAAAAGUUGAGUGUUUUAUUACAACGUCAAGAAGAUAUAAUCCCAGUGAAUGAAAGUGUAUCUAGUUGUAGACUGAUGUCAUUUCAAGAACCAGGUCCAUCGACAUUGCCACAUUUUAAUUCAGUUGACACUGAAUUAUUUUCAGAAUCUGACUACUCAAAUGAUCAUGAACCAGAAUGUGUAAAUGAAGAUAAAGUGAAUGUGACCUUUUAUAAAUGGGAUUAAAAGUUCUUUCUAUAUUGCUUAGCUAAUCAAUGAGGCUCAUCUAGUGAAAAAAGUGGAAAAUCAGUUUGAUGUACCUUACUUUUAAUGUACAAAUAUAAGUUAUAUUUUUUAUAUUAAUGUUAUGUUAAGACUGUCUAUACCUAAUUGGGUUAAAUUAAAUCCAUUUUUUUUUUAAUUUUUUUUUAUUAUUAUUAUAUCCAGUAAUAAUUUUAAGUUAUCUGCUUACUAAUAGGCUCUUAGUCUUUUAUUGUAAAUGGAUAAUAUUUGUGUUAUAUUCAUACAUUCUGU